GAGAAAGAGACAGAGAGUCAGAGUUUGUACGAAAGCCUUUAGCUAAGCAAUGGACGUCUAUGGCUUAUCUUCACCAGACUUACUUCGAGUCGAUGACCUUCUUGACUUCUCCAACGAAGACAUCUUCUCCGCCUCUUCUUCCACUUCCACCAACGCUACUUCCUCCUCCUCUUUCCCUCCUCCUCAUAACCCUAACUUCCACCAUCAUCAUUACCCUUCCUCCGCUGAUCAUUCUUUCCUCCACGACAUAUGCGUUCCCAGUGACGAUGCUGCUCACCUUGAAUGGCUCUCACAGUUCGUGGACGACUCCUUUACUGACUUUCCAGCGAACCCAUUGGGAGGAACCAUGACAUCCGUCAAAACCGAGACCUCAUUUCCCGGGAAACCAAGAAGCAAACGAUCAAGAGUUCCAGCUGCUUACGCUGGAACAUGGGCACCUAUGUCCGAAUCCGACCAGCAGGUUCAUGUCCCCGGGAAACUCAAGCCAAAGAAAGAACAGUCCAGCGGAGGAGGAGGAGGAAGGAAUUAUCAUCAGUCCACAACGGAGGAAGGAGGGAUGAGGAGAUGCACUCACUGUGCUUCCGAGAAGACGCCGCAGUGGAGGACAGGACCACUCGGGCCCAAGACUCUUUGUAACGCAUGUGGAGUCCGGUUUAAAUCCGGUAGGCUUGUACCGGAAUACAGACCGGCUUCGAGUCCAACAUUCGUGUUGACUCAGCAUUCCAACUCUCAUAGGAAAGUGAUGGAGCUUCGAAGGCAGAAGGAGGUUAUGAGACAACCACAGCAUGUCCAACUUCACCACCACCAUCAUCACCACCAUCCGCCGUUUUAGUCCGACGUCACUUCUUUUUUUUCUUUUUUUUUGUUCUUCUUGGGGGUUGGGUUUGGGGCGGGGGAGUCAUGUGAUGAUGACGUUUAGCGAUCCUAGCGGCGUU